CAUCUGUAGCACGAACUAGUGGUGUAGUUCAAAUUUCCCCUUCAUGUAACAAGAUGCUCUAAGCCCUGCUUUUAUCUUUUAUCUAAGCAGGAAUAUUUCUCUACAAUUUCCUCUUCUAUUCCCGUUGCUGCUCCUCCCACCUUCAGGUUAUUUCCAGUACGCAGCUCAGCUGUUUCACUGUCAACUUGACUCACAUCUCAAAUGGAGAGUUUCUUCUUCUCCUCCUUAUUCAGCACUUAAGACUGAACAUACUAUGAAGCUGUGUCACUGAUGUGGAUGUAAAUUCAGCAGCAUGGAUCAGUGUGAGGACAGACAGGAGGGAGUUUCUCCUUCUAAAACCUCAUUGUGUUUGGAACAGGAGAGCCUGAGCGACCCUCAGAGGAGAGAUCAGGAAGAUGAAUCUGAAGUAGAACGUAGAGGUGACCCAAAAUUUGAGUCCUUCAAGAGCAACAAGUCAAAUGACUUUUUCAUCAACUUUAACUCUGACCAUCGUUCUAAAUCAGAGAGAAAACAUGUACAUAGUGAGGACCAACAGAAGUCCGAUGUUCCCACUGAUCAGUCUGCCCCGUGCUAUCAAACACAGCUGGACUCCGUAUUAAUGCUACUGCAGGAAAACGUCAUCACGUUUGUGAAGAAUGAGAUGAAGAAUAUCCAAAAGGUUCUGACAUCAGAAAACUCAGAAUGCUUAAAGGAUCUGAGUGAUGAUGAGAACAUGGUGGGUCAUGAUGAAGAGCAGUGGAAACACAAGGAGGCAUUAUUUAAUAUCAUAGUACACUUCAUGAGGAAGAUGGAGCAGGGGGAGCUGGCUGACAACCUGCAGAGAAAAUUUUCUGGCACAAUUCUCCAAUGUAACCUUAAAUCAUCUCUGAAGAAGAGGUUCCAGUGUGUGUUUGAGGGGAUUCCUAAAGCAGGAAACCCAACGUUUCUAAAUCAGAUCUACACAGAGCUCCACAUCAUACAGGGAGGAAGUGGAGAGGUCAAUAAAGAACAUGAGGUCAGACAGAUCGAAACAGUAUCCAGGAAGCCACAGAGACCAGAAACAACAAUCAGACAAGAAGACAUCUUUAAACUCUCACCUGGAAGAGUUGAACCAAUCAGAACAGUGAUGACACAGGGAGUGGCUGGCAUUGGGAAAACAGUCCUAACACAGAAGUUCACUCUGGACUGGGCUGAAGACAAAACCAACCAGGAUGUCCAGUUUAUAUUUCCAUUCACAUUCAGAGAGCUGAAUCUGCUGAAGGACAAAACGUUCAGCCUGGUGGAACUUCUUCAUCACUUCUUUACUGAAACCAAGCAGAUCAGCCAGUUUGAACAGUUCCAGGUUCUGUUCAUCCUUGAUGGUCUGGAUGAAAGUCGACUUCCUCUGGACUUGAACAACCAGGAGAUCCUGACUGAGGUCACACAGUCUGCCUCAGUGGAUGUUCUGCUAACAAACCUCAUCAGGGGGAAACUGCUUCCUUCAGCCCGCCUCUGGAUAACUACAAGACCUGCAGCAGCCAAUCAGAUCCCUGCUGAGUGCGUUGGCAUGGUAACAGAGGUCAGAGGGUUCACUGACCCCCAGAAGGAGGAGUACUUCAGGAAGAGAUUCAGAGAUGAGCAGCAGGCCAGCAGGAUCAUCGCCCACAUGAAGACUUCACGAAGCCUCCACAUCAUGUGCCACAUCCCAGUCUUCUGCUGGAUCACUGCUACAGUUCUGGAGGAUGUGUUGAAAACCAAAGAAGACGGCGAUCUGCCCAAGACACUGACUGAGAUGUACAUCCACUUUUUGGUGGUUGAGACCAAGGUUAAGAAAGUUAAGUUUGAUGGAGAUGCUGAGACAGAUCCACACUGGAGUUCAGAGAACAGAAAAAUAAUUAAGUCUCUUGGAAAACUGGCUUUUGAUCAGCUGCAGAAAGGAAAUCUGAUCUUCUAUGAAUCAGACCUGACAGAGUGUGGCAUCGAUAUCACAGCAGCUUCAGUGUACUCAGGAGUGUUCACACAGAUCUUUAAGGAAGAGAAAGGGCUGUACCAGGACAAGGUUUUCUGCUUUGUACAUCUGAGUGUUCAGGAGUUUCUGGCUGCUCUUCAUGUCCAUCUGACCUUCAUCAACUCUGGUGUCAACCUGAUAGGAAAGAAUCACAACACCUUGCGUUGGUCUAAGUUAUUUAACAAACCGCAUUUAGAAUAUCUUCACCAGAGUGCAAUCGACCAGGCCUUACAGAGUCCAAAUGGACAUCUAGACUUGUUCCUCCGCUUUCUUCAGGGUCUUUCUCUGCAGACCAAUCAGGCUCUCUUGAGAGGCCUGCUGCCACAGGCAGGAAGCAAUCCACUAGCCAACCGUGAAACCAUCAAAUAUAUCAAGGACAAAAUCAAAGAGGAUCUGACUGCAGAGAAAAGCAUCAAUCUGUUCCACUGUCUGAAUGAACUGAAUGAUCGUUCUCUAGUGGAGGACAUCCAACAGUCCCUGAGCUCUGGGAGUCUCUCCACAGAUAAACUGUCUCCUGCUCAGUGGUCAGCUCUGGUCUUCAUCUUACUGUCUUCAGGAAAAGACCUGGAUGUGUUUGACCUGAAGAAAUACUUUGCUUCUGAUGAGGUUCUUCUGAAGUUAUUGCCAGUGGUCAAUGCGUCUGAUAAAGCUUUGCUGAGUGGCUGUACUCUCACAGAGACAAGCUGUGAAGUUUUAUCCUCACUUAUUAGCUCCCAGUCCUCCAGUCUCAGAGAGCUGGACCUAAGUAACAACGACCUGAUGGACUCAGGAGUGACGCUUCUAUCUGCUGGACUGAGGAAUCCCAGCUGCAAACUCAAAAUUCUCAGCCUAUCAGGCUGUUUGAUCACAGAAAGAGGCUGUUCUUCCCUGGCAUCAGCACUGAGCUCCAGCAGCUCUCAUCUCAAAGAGCUGGAUCUGAGGUACAACAAUCCAGGAGACUCAGGAGUGAGAGAACUGUCAGCUGUACUGAAGGACCCACAUUGGAAACUCGAGACACUCAGGUUGGAGCCUGCUGGAAAUGAGUGGUUGACACCAGGUCUGAGGAAAUAUUCCUGUCAACUCACCAUCGAUACAAACUCUGUACACCAAGAACUUCAACUCUCUAAAAACAACAAGAAUGUGGAAAAGGUGGAGGAGAAAAAUGCAUAUCCUGAUCAUCCAGACAGAUUUGAAGGUCUCUGGCCUCAGCUUGUGUGUUCAGAUGGGCUGAGUGGUCGUUGUUACUGGGAGGUUAAGUGGAGUGGGACUGUUUUUAUAUCAGUGAGUUACAGAGGCAUCGAAAGGAAAGAAAAGAAAGAAAACUCUGCAUUUGGAUGGAAUGACGAGUCCUGGAGUCUGGAAUGUUCUGAUCGUUGUGGUUACUCUGUCUGGCACAAUAACAAGAAGAAAUGCAUCUCAUCUUCAUCCCCUUAUGCUUUAUUGUCUUUCAUGACCUCCUCCUUCUCUUUAUCUAAAAAAGUAGGAGUGUAUGUGGACUGUGAUGCUGGUAUCCUGUCCUUCUACAGAGUGUUAUCUGGAAAACUGACCCACCUUCACACCUUCAACACCACAUUCAAGGAAACUCUUUAUCCUGGAUUUACAGUCUGGCCUGGAUCCUCAGUGCGUCUUUGUUAAGAACAAAAAAUCUCCACUUUCCUUAAUUUCUCAAAUUAUUUACACAACUGAAUGUGCAUUUCUCAAAACUAUUUGUUCAAAAAGCAAAACAACAUGGACUGCCUGCAAAGGUCAGUGUAUUUCUCCAAAUCCUAGUUCAUCUUUCCAAAGUCAAUGCAAUGAAAAAGUCCUUGUUUCAUUUGUACAUAUAAUUCAGAUUGAUUAGUCAUGUUGCAGAUACAACAUUUAGGUUUUGUUGAAUAAAAUAUAGUUCUUCUGUUACAGCAUAUUUAUAUACAUAAUUACUUUUUGGAUUUUCUUUGUUGCCUUUUUGUGUAAUAGCAAAUAUUUCUUGUAAUAUGUCUAAGUAUUUACUCUACUUGAAACUGUUGUUUGACCUUUUUAUGACUAUUUGAAUAUGUUUUGUAGGAUUAUAAUCCUCUUACACUUGGUGAUCCUUUUUUGUUUGUUUUAGAUUUAAAUUUGAUAUUAAUUUACUUGGCACUAAAACAUCCUAUUCUCCAAAAACAGGUAAAAUUUCUUCUCACAUGAUCUACUGAAGAAGAAAUGAGGAAACAACGUUUUAAAGAUUUUUUUCAGGAAAUAAUAGCUUGAAGAAAUUCUGAUGAUGCCGAUCAGCAAAC